AUGCCGCUCAAAUCACCCCCAACAGUCCUGGGAGAUUCUUAUCAGACAGCUCAUCGAUCGCUCCAACGAAUUCUCAGGCGACUUGGCAGAGACACUCAGUACGACCGAUUGUACACUCAGUUCAUGCGAGAGUAUGAACAAGCUCAGCACAUGCUCAAGCUCAAUGACAGCUCAGUUAGUAGAAGGCCACAUUACUAUCUGCCUCAUCAUGGGGUACUUAAGCCAGACAGCUCCACCACAAAGCUCAGGGUUGUUUUCAACGGUUCAAGUGCCAGCUCCACUGGUCACUCGCUCAACGACAUCAUGCACGCUGGUCCUAAUCUGAUGCUCAACAUCUUCGACUUGCUCAUCUGGAUAUGUCAACUCAAGUAUCUCUUUGCGACUGACAUCACCAAAAUGUACCGGCAGAUCAAGAUACACCCAGAUGACCAGGAUCUUCAACGCAUCGUGUGGGUAAAUGAACAGCAGGUUGAAUCUCAUUUUCAGCUUACCACAGUCACGUAUGGAACUAAGUCAGCACCGUUCCUAGCUGUAAGAACGCUUCUUCAGCUCGCUGAAGAUGAAGGCUCUCA